AGAAACCAAAGUGUUUCUGGUUUCCACAGGAGUUUGACUCAGAUCAACAUUUCUGACCUCCUGAGUUGAUUCUACUGAGACAAUAACAAGGACGAAAGUUUGGCAUAAUGCCUGACUAUCAUCGUGAGCAAGACACGAACGCCCUCUGGAUCAAAGAUGGUCUUCCUGUCUCUCUCUCAGUUGUUUCCUUCAUCAAACGCUGGUUGUUUCCUGCUCUGACGGCUACAGUCAUCUUCAUUCUCAUCAUUGUCCUGGGAGUCAGCAACACAAAGACGUCCAAUCGUCUGUCGUCCGUAGAGAAGAGUGUUUCAAACUUCAGUGAUGUCAUCAAAUCACUGAACACCUCCCUGCAGCAAGCUCAAGAAAGAGCGAAAGAAGUGGAAAGGAUUCGGUUUGCUGUGGAGAACAACAAAGACCAGCUGAACUCAGUGUCCGAGGCGUUGAAGCAGCUGUCGGUGGUGGAUUAUCUCAGCAGGAGUGUCGCAUCGCUCAAAUGUUCCCUUGAACGCAUCGUCAACAACGGGUCUGGCAUCGCUGCUUGUUGUCCUCCACAUUGGGAUCAGUUCGACUAUAACUGUUAUUACUUCAGCACUGUGUCUCUGUCCUGGAACGAGUCCAGACUGUGGUGUGAAAAAAAAGAAGCUCACCUGCUCAUCCUGCACAGUGACAAGGCGUGGGACUUUGUGACGCGUCAUGCAGCCUCCCGCUGGUUCUGGGUCGGGCUGUCGGACUGGAGGACUGGUCGCUGGGAGUGGAUUAACCGCACACCGUACACCAUAGAGCACAGGCGCUGGAUGCCGGGUCAGCCUGACAACUGGUUCGGUCAUGGUUUAGGUCCCGGAGGUGAAGACUGUGCUCACAUGCACAACGAUGGACGCCUCAACGACCAGUACUGCUCCACCAAGAUGCGCUUUGUCUGCCAGAAACACAGCACGAGGGGAUAAAGCGCCAGAACCCCCGUCCCCAUCGAGCACCACUGCUGUAAAGUUUAACAAACAGUUCUGAACUGUCGGAAGGGAAAGUUAUCAAAGUAGAAACAAAACGUCACGAGAAGUGAAAGACAAGAAUAAUAAAUUUAAAAAGAAAUCUGAUUUCACUGUAAUCUGAAUGAAUGAAAAAUAAAUAAACGCUGAAAAACG